AUGUCCUCUUCGAGCGAUGUUUCCAAGCGACGCCGAACCACGAACGGUCAUAAAAACGACCAUCAGACACUUGACAACCAGGUCAACGAAUACCUUAAUGAUAUGAACUAUGUCGACGAUGUACAGAAUGACGUCCGAAUACACAAUUUUGGCGUUGAUUUGUCGUCUCUCAACAACGAAGACUUCCACAUAGAUCCUUCCAUUGCCAACGAGGAUACCAAGCAGCAAGUACAGGAAAAUAUCAGUGCAGCCGCAGCGGCAGUGGUAGCGUACCAAGAGACUCGGCGAGCUAACGAUGAGAAACAGUCAGAUAAGCCAUCUCACGUCAACGAAAACAGCUCGUUUCGCCUUUUGGAGGUUCCCGAGAACGUGGACCCUAAGAAGAUGUGUCGGUUCUGCGGCAAGACUUUUGCUCACCCGGGGUCCCUUGGUAGACAUUUGGACAACCGCAAAGGGUCUCCAAUGCAUCCAGCGGACCAGAUCGAACGAAUUCGUUCCAAUGUGGCUAGACGCGGCAACCCUGAGGAAGUACGUGCACGCAGAGCAGAACGGGCACGUCUGUACAAUAGGAGAGACUACGUGAAGCUGAAGAAUAGAGAAAGAAGACGAACACAGAGCAAGGUCUACAGAGUUAGGGAGAACGCACAGUUACAAUUCUAUAAGAGCAUAAGUACGCCUUUUUUGGCUGCACAUCCCUCGUUUCCACGUAUGGUGUUAUUUUUCCUUGCUCCCAAAGAUUGGCCUCAUGAUCCUCCAACGUUUCAAACGCAUGAGACGUUGAUCAUGCAUCUUGACUCAGAUCCCGAGCUACGCAAGCGCUUACCGUAUUUAUCGGCCAACUUGGGAAUUGACGAUUACAAAGAGAAAUUGAAAACCGCGUACGAGAAUUGGAUGACUCUGUCGAACGAAGCGAAAAAAGAAAUGUGGAGCCGAGAACAGCGUCUGUGUGCCCAGGACGCACUAGGCAGCCUAAGUCUAUUUGAUUUUGCAAUCAGAGAGAAAUGGGCCCAUAAGCUCACCAACGAUAAGAAACAGGAGAUAAUGCAGAGCACCAAGUCGGAGAGUAUGGGCUCUCCAAAUUACAAUGACUCCUCCGAUUCCGAUUCCAGUCGAGACGUCAAAAAUGUGCUAUGUCCCGAUGAAUUCGCCGCGGUGGCAGCUGCAGCGGCAGCUGUUGUCAACAAUCAUGAUGAGUGA